GCAAUUUAGACAGACCAAUCAACCUAACAGUCAUGAUUUUGGACUGUGGGAGGAAGCCGUGGUACCCGGUGAGAACCAAUGCAUGCACGGGGAGAACAUGCGAAGACCCACGGCCCGGAGUUGAACCCAGGGCCUUCUUGCUGCUAGGCAACAGUGCUACCAACUGUAUGAUAAUGUGUUUCUGUUAAACAUUUCAGAACUUAACUGAAGGUUCAAGGAGUUAACCCUGAAUGUAACCAUUGUAACCAGGAUUUAACUAUUAAUGUAAAUAUAUCAGUAAUGACAGAAAACAAGUUACUCAUAAGACUCAUUCAAUUAUGGUUGUUGUGCUCUGACAUUUUAAAAGCUCUGAUCUCUUUGAUGGACUGGUUAAUGCAAGUUCAUUUCAAGUCAUCACUGAGGAUACAUCUUAAUUCUAAACUUGGUUUCUGCCUCUUCAUUGGGCUGCUGUUUCAUUUCAGUGAAGGUUCUUCCUCAGGUGAGUGGAUUUAUACGUCAUAGACCGUUCUCCUUUCCUUUCAGGUUUCAGUUUAAUAUUUUAUCUGGUUAUAUGGAUGCCUCCUCCUUUUUCUCCUCUCCACACAUGCUUGCUCUCUCUUUCCAUGAAAACAGGUGGUGACAAGGCAGAAUAGAAGCCUACUGUUGAAUGACUAAUGAAGGGAGAGAGACGUGUUACCAGCUUUGGAUCAGCACCAGAAGGGGAGGAAUCACUAUGUCGGGAGUCAGCAGUGAUCAAUUGCACAAAUCAACUUUAAGUGUCUACUCAAGCCUGAUGGAGCACUUCAACCCAGGUCUUCAGAAGCUCGGUGCACUUGGAAACAGCUAUGCUAAAGCUUUCCAAGCCUUAGCUGUCUGCAGUGAGGCCUACUUCAGCGCUCUGGCUAAGAUGGGUGACCAGGCCCUUCACACUCUUUCAUCUCAUUCUUUUGGUGAUGUCCUGAUCCAGAUAUCAGAAACACAAAGGAGGCUCACUGCAGAGAUGGAAGGGUUGUUUCAGUGGUUCCAGAUAGAGGUGCUGCAGGCGAUGGAGAAGAAUGUCAAAUUGGAUGCGGAGUACAUGGAGGGCAGUCGCAGAGUGUAUGAGAUGGAGGUGAGAAAUCAGGCAGAAGCUUUGGAAAAAAAGCUUAGAAGAGGAACCUUCAGAGACUCUCUGGAGAACAGUGAAUACAUGGUUUACCUGAGGCAGAGCAACCAGGAGAUCCUGAAGGAGGAGGAACGUAGAUAUCGCUUCCUGGCUGAGAAACACUGCGGCCUCACUCAGUCUCUACUGUUUCUCAUAAACAAGACCGGUGCAUCCCUCCAGCAGAAGGCAGAUGGAUGGAAAAAGAAAGUGAACGAGACCAAGGGGUCCAGACCACAAACUCCGACUCAUGUAGAUCAAGAGGCACAGCUGCGAGGUUCGGUGAGCUCUCUGCUGCAGACUGUUGCUAGAGAUGAGGAUAUGUCCUGGGCCAGGCGGGAGCAGUUGGCACUGGGUGGAGUGCCCUCUAGAGCACCAUCUCCCCUUCCCAGUCGCUCUCGCUCCAGUUCAGUCGGAGAAUCUCUGGGUUUGGGAGGAGGAAGGCCCAUGAGAGCCCUGGUGUCGCACCCCUCCUCGUCCAACCCAAAGCUUUUACCUUUUAGCAGAGGAGAGACUGUCAUUGUGCUGGUCCAGGAGCCUCGUAACGGCUGGCUGUAUGGACGCACUGACAGCAGCCUGCGUCAGGGCUGGUUUCCUGCUGCUUAUGUGGCUUCUGUUGAAGAUUUCUCCAACACUUUAUUAACCAGUGGUUCUCUCAGAAGUCACAGUAUGAACAAUCUUCUGGACACUGACACUUACACUGAACAAUCAGAGGGCAAGAGUUAUGGCGACAUCCCACCGCUGGCCACACCCAACCGCAGGGCAUCUGUAGACCUCCGACCAGUUUCUCCAGUGCCUGACAGGAGGACAGAACCAGCAAUGGAGACAAAGCCUCCUCCUCCUCCACCAAGUCAGAAUCUCAGAAGGGGCUCUGCGGAUUUACAACCUGUCUCUCCCCUCACUGACAGGAUGGGUGACAUAGCAACUGAUGUUCAAGCAUUAUCUCCUCGUGGGCAGCCUGGUAACCCCUUGUUUCCCAGGGGCACAAACCCGUUUGCCACCGUGAAGCUUCGCCCAACGACGACCAAUGACAGAUCUGCUCCUCGGAUCCACUAAUCCGCCGUUACUCAUGCAGGCAGAGGUCGUUACUCAGACUGUGACAUCAGGUCAUGAAGGCAGCAUGUACGUUUCUUUUGAUAUCUUUGAAAUGUGAAAGCCCUUAACUUGAUGGGGAGAGAAAUGUUUUGAUAGAUUUUGCGGAGUGCAGAAAAAAAUAAAGUGUUACGUUAUUUAAAUUAUUUAAACCACCAAGUGGAGUAGCUGUUUUAACUAGUCUCUGUACAGUAAUUAAGAUGUUACGUUUUGUGUUUGUCUCCUGUAGUACAAAUGUAAAAGGAGCAUUUAGCCUUACUAUCGUCUGAAAGUAUAAAAGGAAUCUUUUGGGUUUUUUUUCUCAUUACUGUUAGUGGAAGCAUUUUGCUUGCCGUUUCCACCAUUUUUAAAAAAUCUUUCUGCAUCAUAGUCAGUCGUCAUACGGCAUAUGACAUUUAUAUUGGUUUAUUAAAUCAUAUGCAACCAAAAGCAAAUAAAUAUAUUUCUCUUUA